GUGCUUGCCAACACUUGAGGUCUGUGGCAGCUGUGAUUACAGAGUUAUUCAGUCAUACCUCCCCAGCACUUAUUGAUUUGCCUGAGACACGGCCACCGAGCCAUCUGCUUGAAGGACAACCGAGAGAAAGAGAGAGAGAGAGAGUGUAGCCUGGCAUGCGUACAAUGAGUCUGACACACUCAUUCAGUCUCUCAGCUGAUCAUUUCACGACCAGGCUGCCUCGUCAAUAACACACAUGGGAAGGCACCUGUCUCCUCAUGGAAAAUCAAUAAUGUUCAUCGUCGCUAAAGGUCCCAAUGCCUGUAGCAGUGUUUUCACACUUAUUCUGCAUCAACCGCUGCCUCUAGCUACCAAGAGAAACUAAAAACAUCAAAGUGCUCAAACGCCAACCUGUGCUUGUGGCAGCCGUCAUUUGGGAGAGGAUUGUUUCUAUCUCAUCAUUAAUCACCGAGGUACCAGGGGUUGGCGAGAAACCUGUCACCACGGCACAACUCUCAGGAAACAGAUCUUCACGGAAAAUGGUCGCAGAGUGGAUUGCGUGUCUAGAUAAAAGACCCGCAGACCGGACGGGGGAGGACCUGGACAUCAUCUACUCGAGACUUAAAGACAUCAAACCCCUCGAGAAGUUCCACCCCCUCCUCCUACAGCAGAUCUGUUACUAUGGCUACUAUGAAGAUCUUGACAAAGGAGUUACAUUGUUUCGUCAAGGUGACAUCGGAACUAACUGGUACACUGUGUUAUCAGGAUCUCUUCAAGUCACUCUCUCAGAAACUGGUCUACAAAAGUUUGAGGACGCCGUCACGCUGUGUGUUCUCGGCGCGGGGACAUCGUUCGGCGAAUCGAUCCUCACCAACAAACCACGACACGCGACCGUCAUCACGCAGGACUUCACAGAACUCAUCCGGGUCGAGCAGAAAGACUUCAAGAUCCUCUGGGAGAGGAACAAACAGCUGAUGGAGGGUGUGUUUACUCCCCUGAAUUCCUUACAAGGGACAGAAAACAAGAGGCUUGGUGACAUACGGAGAGACCGCAGCAAAACAAGCUCUACGUCAAGUGAACUAGAUGAUGUUCCAAACCCAGCAGCUCCCAUCACUGCUGUUCCAUCUGACAAGCUGUUGCAGGUUGGUCACAUUCUGAGGACCGUUCUGCUGAGUCGCGCCCCGCACAUGAUCCGUGACAGGAAGUACCACCUGCGCACGUACCGGCGGUGCAUGGUCGGCUCCGAGAUGGUCGACUGGUUAAUGCAGCAGUCAUCGCUCGUCCACAUGCGCAACCAGGCAGUUGGGAUGUGGCAGGGGCUGUUAGAGGAGGGUGUGGUUGUCCACGUUUGCCACCAGCACCAGUUCAAGGACAAGUACCUGUUUUACCGGUUCUCCGCGGACGACGAGGGGGUGGGUGUGGCCCCGACAGCGGCUGACCGGAAGGACUGUGACGAGAUGCUGCAGGAAGCAAUAACAACACUCGCCAAAAUUGGACCCGAUGCCAUGAUGAGGAUGAUCCUACGCAAACCACCUCAUGAGCGAACUCCAGAAGACUUGGAGAUCAUAUAUGAAGAACUGUUGCACAUCAAAGCCUUGUCGCAUCUUUCCACCAUGGUGAAGAGAGAACUUGCUAGCGUGCUGGUAUUCGAAUCACAUCCAAAGUGUGGCACAGUCUUAUUCAACCAAGGAGAUGAAGGCAAAUCCUGGUAUAUUAUCCUGAAGGGUUCAGUCAAUGUUGUUAUUUAUGGCAAAGGAAUUGUUUGUACUCUAAACGAAGGAGAUGACUUCGGAAAACUCGCUCUUGUCAAUGAUGCACCAAGAGCUGCCACCAUCAUUCUGCAAGAAGACAACUGCCAUUUUCUGCGAGUGGACAAAGACGACUUCAACAGAAUCCUCAGGGAUGUAGAGGCAAACACAGUGCGAUUGAAAGAACAUGGUCAGAACGUUCUUGUCUUAGAGAAGAUUCCAACUAACGUACAAAACCAGGAUGGCACGAUUCAUUCGCAUUACAAGUAUUCUGUGAUGGCUGGCACAGCAGAGAAGAUGUUGGAACAUUUACUGGAAACAAGGAUGGAUGGGAAGCGAGAGGAGGUGUCUUCAGAUCGGUUUCUAGAGGACUUCCUGCUUACCCAUGUGAUCUUCAUGCCCAGCGAACGACUCUGCCGGGCUCUAGUCAACCACUACCACUCGGAGGCAACACUGGGCACGGACCAGGAGAUAGCGGACUACAUGCUGUCCCACAAGAGAUCUAUCGUCCAGUUCGUCUUAGCCUGGAAUGCUAUCAUCGGGGAGGUGUUUACUGAUGAUCCAGUCGUCAUCUCGUUUGUAAAGGAUCUGGUGCAGUCUGUGGAAGAAGACAGUGGUGUUUAUCCUAUACUGAGGGAAGACCUCGAAGCACUUGAAUCUAUCCUACAGUCUAAAAGCAGUUCUCUGCCAACUGAAAACACAACCAAGAGAAAAAUCAGUGCCUCGUUGAUACUCAGUCGAAAAGCUUCCAAAGCCAACUUGUUAGAAAACUCGUGGAAAAAGAAACCAAUCCGAGGAUCAGAUGAAAUUAUAUUCAAGGUUUACUGUGCGGACCAUACGUACAGCUCUCUACGUCUUCCGAUGAACACGACCGUCGCACAGGUUAUUGAACAUGCGGGAGACAAACUUAGUCUGGGUGAUGACCUCGUUCUUUGUGAGGUCAAGUCAAUGGGAGAGCGUGUCAUAUUUAAAGAGACUGACCUGGGUGUAGUAACAAGACUCAGUCUGAAUGGACGUUUGUUCAUCACCCCUCGCGAACACAUUGAUGCACUGACACCGCUGCCUGAGCAGGAUGGCCCUCCGAGUGGGACGUCCACGCUACUCGAGAUGAUGAGUACAAAGGAACUUGCCUACUAUCUGAUGCAGUACGACUGGGAGCUCUUCGUAUGUGUCCAUGAGUACGAGCUGAUAUACCAGGUGUUCGGCCGCUACAAGUUCCAGAAGAUCACUGCAAACCUCGACCUGUUUCUUCGACACUUCAAUGAGACGCAGUACUGGGUCGUCACGGAGAUGGUGCUCUGUUCCAACAGCAGCAAACGCGUACAGUUACUGAGAAAAUUCAUCAAACUCGCCGCACACUGUAAGGAGUUUCAGAACGUGAAUUCUUUCCUGGCCAUUGUGAUGGGUCUGAGUAACAUUGCCGUCAGUCGCCUCUCGCAGACCUGGGAAAAAUUGCCUAACAAAUUCAAAAGGAUGUUUGCCGAGUUUGAGACCGUGAUGGACCCGUCACGCAAUCACCGAGUGUACAGACUGACCGUCGCGAAACUCUCGCCUCCCAUCAUCCCAUUCAUGCCGCUGCUAAUGAAAGAUAUGACAUUCACACACGAAGGCAACAAGACAUAUUAUGAAAGCCUUAUUAACUUUGAGAAAAUGCAUAUGAUUGCUCAAACCUUGAGAACUGUCCGGUUCUGUCGUAGUCAGCAAAUGGAACUUGAAGCUCCACCUCUGACAGUGAAAUCUUCCCCUGAUGUUCGCAGUUACAUCAGAAAUCUAUCAGUGAUUGACAAUCAACGGACAUUAACUCAUCUUUCUCACAAACUUGAACCAAGAAGGACAUGAUAACAAAAGGAAUUGAAAUUGUAUUGUUGAUAUUUUGGCGAUGGGGUGGGGGUUCACAAAUAUAAGAACAUGCCACGAUGGAACAUUUGAAUUCAAACGGAUUAAGCAUUAAUUGGCAGGAAGUGUUCUCCUUGUAACAGCUAUGAAGUGUUCUCCUUGUAACAGCUAUGAAGUGUUCUCCUUGUAACAGCUAUGAAGUGUUCUCCUUUUAACGGUACAUCAAAACAUGGAUUUGUCAAAAGAGAAAUAUCAGUUUAUUAUCUAAUCAAAACCUUGUGGAGACAUGGAAUGUGUUUCUUAUGGAACAUAGUUUAAGGUAAUAUUUCAGCCUAAGACUGGUGAUUCUGUUGAAUUGAGCCAAAAUGAGUGUUGUGAACAGACAUGAAAGACUGUGUGCGUGUCUUGUAGAAAAACCGAUUGUGAAGCUGUGAUUAUCUCCAAAUUGAUUGUUUUGUCAAUAUACAUGUAGAACCACAAGACAGUGUGUUGUUGAAAGUCUUCGGUUGUGAACUUGUGAAUCCAGUCUUUGGUAGAACUGCAAAACGAGAGUUGUAGACAGUCUAGCUAGGACUACAGUCUUUAAACAUUCCAAUAGAUCUCCUGAACUGCAUGUUAUCAAGAGAAUGGUCAGAGACCAAUGGUUGUGAAUAGUUCUUCUAGAAACUGUCAACAAGAGUACUAAAACUGUAUGUUGUUGAGUCGUCAUAUCAAAUUGCAUAUUGUCAGCAAUUGCUAAAUGAUGCAUGUGAACAAAAGAGUUGUGAAGAGAAUUGCUUGACUGUAGUCUAGACACUGAUGUCAAAAGCUGCCAUAAACUCACAACAACUGCUAAAUAGAGUCAUGUUUGAUUGUCUCUGCGUUACCAAGAUACUGCACGUUGUGAAAAGUCCAGCCAAGGACAGCAUGUUGUCUGGUCUGCCAGUGACUUCAUUUUGUGAAGAAAUUGGGAGCAAUUCUGGUCCCGUGUCAGACAGCAUUCUGUUAAUACGAGGUCAUCAAAGAGUACUGUAAUGUGAUAAAAAAAUUCAUAAUAAUUCCAAAACAUUGAUGUCCAUUAUAUCAAGAACUGUCAAGAAUCCUGAAGGAAUGGAUGACAUCGUAUCAACAACUGUCAAGAAUCCUGAAGGAAUGGAUGACAUUGUAUCAAGAACUGUCAAGAAUCCUGAAGGAAUGGAUGACAUUGUAUCAACAACUGUCAAGAAUCCUGAAGGAAUGGAUGACAUCGUAUCAACAACUGUCAAGAAUCCUUCUUUUAGCAGCAUAUUGUGUGAGAACUACAGGCUGCAACAGUGUUGCUCUCCAGUAUUUGACUACACACAGCAGGUUGUGUGUAAAACAACAAACAACUGUGUAAUGGUAAUACUUUAUUCUAAAGAGUCAUUCAUGUCGGGAUAUUCGUCUAUGAUGUUGGCUGGGAGUCUCCUGAUGGACUGCUGUUUGGCUAAGCAAUGUUGACCAAGACUGAAGGUUGUCAGUCCUAUUACAUGCUAAAUCCUGGUUGUCAUAAAAUCUUAAGCAGAUGGCUGACAAUUGAUGCACACCAAAGAAAUGUUUAAUUGAAUGCAGUUGCAAACUGUAUGAGACAGAUCUGUCUGCAUUGGUCAGUGAUCUGCUACAGAUUUUAUGAAAACCAGCUUAACAGUAAACAAUUGAGUGGGCUUUCAGAUAGCCUUCUUACAUAUAUAGUAUUCAUCAAUCUCAGACUUGGAUGCAAAUUUUUAUUAUUCAAGUGCCAUGUGUUAUCUGUAUAUAUUUAAAUAAUUUAUUCAUGCUGAAUCAGAUUUUAAAACCAUUGUUUUGUAAGAACUGCAUUAAAAUUGCACCAACUUAUUCAUUUUGGUUUUUGAUCAUUGUAGUUCUCUACCUAUUUAAAUAAUUAAAAAGUAGCUAGACCUCUGAGUGUCUAUGGUUUCUGUUAAAUACUUGUCCAUGAAGAUGUUAAAACUGUGAUUGAAUCCAGUGUAUAGUAAGUUCCAGAAACAGAAUGACAUGGUAUUAUGUGCAUCUUAUUUACCCCAUAGCUUGAUGCAACGUGUGGCAAUGCCAAGUGCUUUUCUGCAAGUCACUGACCAUAGGUAGAGAGUUUAUAUUUUAUUUUAAAAUUUUACCAAAAAACAUAAAACCCCCAACAAACAAUAAAAACAAACAAAAACAAAAAAAGAAGAAAAAAAUUUCAACACAUAAAAACUACCCCUAAAUUCUAGG